AUGAAGAACAAAGGUGACAAGGAGAAGGCAUAUCGCUGUCAUGCCAAGUUCAUAUACAAUCAUGGGCAGAAACCGACUCUAACCUUUGUCACACCAGGAAAUGUGUCGAGCGUCCUCUAUAGAUUCUAUCCAUUGCUGAUAAUUUUCGAUGGAGCUCUCAACAACAUUAUGUGGAUCUGUGACGAUAUUUGUCAACCAUUUAUUCACCUAGUCAUGAUAUAUUUGGUCAUCAAUCUGCUUUCGUUACUUGACCUCGAUAAUGGUUCUUUGAACAAGCUCAGGAUAGGGAGUAUCUUCACAUUGUGGCUAGGUAUAAUGAGCGGCCUAUCGCUCUUUUAUGCCUUCGCAUAUUACGUUCUAACUGUCUAUCAAGACUUGAGAGACUCGGAGCCACCAACACUUGAUGACAUAGUUAUAGCUCUGGAAUCUGUGGUCGACAAGCUUGCCACCAUGCGUUCAGAAGUGCUGGGACGUGCAGUAGAUGUCAGUCGAUGGAAGAACUUGACAAGACUCGCUAUUUUAUUUACACCAAUCCAUUACUUUUUGAUGAGGCAGGUUACCAUCAGAACCUACGUAAUGUGGAUGACAUUUAUUGCGCUACUUUAUCAUUCUACAUGGUUCCAAUGCACUAUGAAGCUAUGCUGGAGAGUACACGCGGUUCGUCAAGCGUAUUAUGCUAUUACUUCCUUCUUUGACGAUCAAAGAAAGAACUACAGACUAUCAACUCUCAUCGAUGCUCAAACGGCCAUAUCUUUCUGUUCCAAUGUCAAAUAUGUACCGCGUACAGACUCUUUGAAGAUGUUAAGAGGGCACAGGCUUCAAUUACAGUUGCAAAAGCUGUACCCUUGGACUGAGCCAAUCAUCGGUAAAAGCAAGAACCCACAAUCACUCGAUAAUAUUGCUGUUAUCGAUUUCACCAUUCAAGAAAACCAACGGAAAUGGAGAGAUGAAGGUUGGACAUCAAGAAUGCUAAGUUAUGAGAAGCCCCAUUUUUGCAUGAGAAUAGGAGAUCAAGUCGUAGCAUGUAAGUCACCUUGGGAAUUUCAAGAAGGGUUGCCUGCUGGUUGGGAAUGGCUCGAUGAUUGUUGGAGGCCCAUAGGGUGGGUUUAUUCGGAUUCCAAUUGGGUCGUCACGGGAGAAAGGGAUUCACUGGAAAGUUUUACAAGAACCAAGACUUGGAAGCGUAGAAUAUUUAAAGACCAAAGUUCGUAG